AUGCAACGUGGUUUGAGGUCCUCUGAAGUUUCCAAGAUGCUCAGGACCUUUUUGGGUACCAACAGUGAUGUCAGGCCUGAUUCGGAUGAGAUUGUAUCAAGCCACAGCUUGAAGGCCACCUUGCUUGCAUGGGCAGCACGUUUUGGCAUGACCCCCCAGACAAGGUCGCUUUUGGGUCGCCACACGUCAUGCCUCAAUGAAACAUUUGCCAUCUAUUCCAGGGAUUUGGCCUGCGCCCCAGUUGCUGAGCUCCAGAGAAUGAUCGAUGCCAUUCAUGAUGGUUCAUUCUCACCGGAUGGUGAGCGGUCCACAUUUUUCAGGGCCAAUGCGGAUGAUGCGGAAAAAGACAAAGAGGUACAAGUGAAACUUGAGGGCCCUGGUGAUGGUGAUUUUAUUUUGAUUUCAGAUUCCGAAUGCAAUGGACCAGUUGGCAGUGGCGAAUCUGCAGUUGACAAAACUGUGGAACCCCCUGGGGGUGAGCUGGGUGUGGACAGCUCAGAGUCGGACUCUAGCAGCAGUGCACAGUUCGACCUCCGGUUGGAACAGGUGAAAGUCCCCGUUCAGUUACAGCAGGCCUUGAAGACGGCGGGUGUCAACACGAUUUCAUCACUAGCAUAUGCACAUGGCCAACCAGGACAGCCAAUUGUCGCAGCCGACUUUGAGGCAUGGGUUAGGCAACCCGACCCAUCCGCAACAGUUGGUGGAGUCUCGUCAUUGAAGAGACUGCUAUUUGAGAGUCAAACGCAGCUUCUGGCAAUUUUGAAAGAGCAAGUCAUGAACCCAGAGCCAAGUGUUGCAAGAAAGGUCCCGCCAGCUGAACGGGAGACACGGCUUGCAAAUCUCAAGACUCGUCUCGUCGGAGUCCUUGUCGAAGGCCAUGCUGAACCAAGCCACUCCCUUUUGGAUGCUGCGACCCAAUUGUAUGACCAAAAUGUCCUGAGGUUCAUCCCUUUGGAAAAAUGCUACAGUCGGUUGACGGAGCUGUCGUUCACCAACAAACCGCAGUCAAAGCUGUUGGAGGUCGAAUCAUCAAAGGUGGUGAUCCGUGACAAAGACGCAGAUUUUGAAGCGAAUGUGCAGUCCUCAUACCAGGCAUUGGAGGCCUUCAAGAGACGUGGUUUAGCCCUAGAUUUUGCCAAUGUGAUGACCUUUACAUGCCAUGACAAAUAUGUCCAGCUUUUGUUUGCUCACUUGAAUAGGGAGCCACCCGCAGGCUACAACAGGUGCAGUGUAUCACAGCUCCUUGCUGCCGACAAAGCAGCUUGGUGUUCCCUCAUUGAGAAAAAUGUGAAACCCAGACCGGACGCAGCGGGUGUGUUGGCCUUGGAUGAAAAACUGGAGGAAGCGCUCAAGUCCUAUGAGGUCAGCUUCACAUUACUUCCUAUGGUAGCAAAGGCUGCAUCUGCCAAGGCAUCGCCACCAACACCACAACCUGCGGCACCGAGGCCACAGCAGCCACCCCCGAUGAAGGGUGGCAAAAAGGGGCAGAACCGAUUCCGCCCAUAUGGCAAAGGAAAAGGAAAAUCAAAAACCAAGUUUGAUUCCAGAGUCCCAAGUGAGAUACGUGCUGCAGGUGGUACUGCCUCAACGCCAGAUGGGGACCCAAUUUGUUUUGACUACUCCCUCAAGAAGUGCAAAGAGACCGUGACCGAUGGCCGUUGCCGAAAAGGCUACCAUGUAUGCUGUAUUUGCUAUGGACACCAUUGCAUGUUGGACCAUAAGAAGGAUGGCUCUUCCAUCCAUUCUUUGCAGAUGAUUUCCAGCGAUACUCUCAACCCAGCAGCCAAAGGGAUUGUCUUUGUCACCAUGACCUCUAUGCGGAAACUUCUGAAGUUGGAAACAACCAAUCCGUGUGUUGCCAUUGUGAAGGGCUUCCAAAUCCAGCAGCUGAUUAAGUGGGGAUUUGAGAAGACAAAGCUUCAGCAGGCCAUUUUGGUGCUGAAAGAUUCCUGCACCAUGGUUGUUGAGCCUAGAGCCGUGACCUUGGUGAAUUUGUGUGACGACCCCGCUUGCUUCAUCUUCAAGAAUGAAGAAGGCUGUGAGAUCACAGUUCCUGAUCUGCAAUCAGUUCAUGUCAUCUUCGAGAUUCGGAAGGCAACGACCUCAGAUGAUUUCUGGCGAGCUUUCUCUGAUUCCUCUGCUUUCUCUAGAUACACGUCCCAGAUCAUUGAGAAAGAAGACCCUGAAGGUGAGACAACAUUCUUCCCCACGGUGCCCAGAGAAGGAUAUGUCUUCAGGCGGGCCCUCAUACCAGCCCACAUUCGUGAUCAAGUGUAUGCGCAUUCUGGCUUCAAAGGGAUUACAGUGAAGUCUCUCCGGCAGACCAAUUCACCACAUGAAGAUGGCUUGGAACUGAUUAGGGUCCCUGAAACAGGGAAAUCUCUUCACGAAAUCUGGCACCAGGGACACACGAAGACUGGAUGGCUAGGAGCCUUCUCCUCAGCAAAGGCAACUUACAUCAGAAGCACAGAUGCCAAAUUGUCCGAGAUGCGAGCGUUUUGGCUCCCUGAUGACCCGAGAUGGACUGCCAACAAUCGAGACUUGAAGCUGACCAAGUUCUUCAAAGUCCAAGGGUUCGUUGUGGCGAUACAGGCGAACGACGCUACCAAGAUCAUGCAUGAGAAAGGAUGGAACAUGGUCGUGCUUCGAACCUUUCAGAACGCCGAAUUGUCAACCCUGGUAGUUGGAUCAAAUUCAGAUCCGCCACAAUUGCGAUUCACUACCAAUUUGGGAUCCUUGCUCAUCACACCCCUAGAAGCACAGGAUCGCGGACAGAUUGCUAGGCAGAAGUUUGCGAAAGAUCAGAGUCUUGCCAAGGCAGGCACUGCCGAAAAGAAGGGUGACACUACCCCCUCAACGGCAUCAUCAAGUUCCAAUCUCGCAGCGGGUGAUCCUUGGGCAUCUGCAGCCCAUGCCAACACAAGUAAUCGGAUUGAUGCUAUGGAAAAGAAGUUUGUGACCCUCAGCGCGCAGGUAGAAAAGCUGGAAAAGGGCCAAGAAACCACGAAAGAGCAGAUUAGCACCUUGAAAGCCAGCCAGGAUUCGGGAUUUAAACAACUUCUUGAUGCCAUUGCUGAUCUGAAGCUUUCGAAACCAGGUGAGUCUUUGAGCUCAACCCCGGUUCCAUCCCCAGCGCCAAAGGGCUUGCCAGCCCCCGCCAAAUCUGAACGAGAACAGCCCGACUUGGUGGCAAAAGUUUUUCGUCAAGCCCGACAGAUCAAACCUUAUGCCAUUCGAACUUCCUCUGGCGCUCCAGCGGUUCUGGCCGCUGUCGUUCGGGAAUUGGAAUGGGAAUGGGCCGACGGUUUGUCCUUCAAACGGCCGGGCGAUACAGACUUCAAACUCCUCUAUGGCAGCAACAAAUUUUUCGACGAUGACUUGGAACGAUCCGUCAGGCGGCUCGACCAAAGUUCACAAAGAGCCGAGCUGGGAGCGAUCUUGCUGGCGUUAAAGACCUUACCACACCUGAAGGCCAAAGCCUCUGCUGGGAGUGGAUUCGUUCACCUAGCUGUGCAGGAGUUUUCUGUGCGCCUCCAUGUGGAACUUGCAGCCGGGCGAGAGGCAUACCAGUCACCUUGCCGAAUGGCCUUCCCAGACGGCCUUGCUUCCAUGAGUUACCUUAAUAGGUGUCGGGUCAAAUCAGCCAAUGCCCUUUACCAAUUUAUCACCGAGGUAGUUCAGUUUUGCCUGAACCAUGACAUGGUAGUUGUCAUUGAAAACCCGCGCUCAUCCUUGUACUGGCGAACUUCCUUUUUCGCACCAAUUCGAAAAUGCCUAAAGUUUACAGCUCAUCAAGCUUGCGCUUACGGCUCGGAGCGUCCUAAAUGGACGGUCCUGGCUCACAAUACAACUACACUGCAUGAGGUUUGUAAAACAUGCCCCGGACUUAGCCGGACCCACAAGCAUAAACCGUGGGGUGUCUCAGUAGGCCCCGAUGCCUCACGGAAGUUUUCUACAUCCGAAGAGACAGCUUACCCCAUGUUGCUUGCAUAUACCAUGGCGUAUGCCAUUGCCCAGCACCUGAUGCACAAGGGUUGGCAGCCGCCACCAGCGCAACUGACACCCCCGGACAGAGUGUCUUUUCAAUACUUGCGUGCAAUCGCUGGCUCCCAACCCAAAGCUAGCAAGCUACCACCAUUGCUGUCUGAGUUUGAGUCCAUCAUCCGUGUCCCGGUGUCCCUGUCCAGUCCCCAGGUCGAAAUUGGUCAAGUCCUGCAGCAGCCCUUUGCCAGUGUCCCUGCCGGAGCCAGACUCCUCAAACGGCCGCCUUUACGGUUAAAUGGGGAUAGUAAUGACUGUAAGAUUGGCCCAGUAAACCUUGACUGUGGGGAUAACCUUAAGGAUGAUAACACCCAUUGGGCUUACUUUGGGGUUUACCGAUCUUGUGAAGCCUUUGUUGAAGCUGCAGUAGAGGCUGGACACCCUGUCUCGAAAGCCAAUCGCCUUCCCUUGGUGUUGCAAGAAGCUGUCGAUGCCAUUGCCGCUAAACCAGUUUUUCAGCUUGCGAAGGAAAGACACGCCACCUUGUCUUAUUGGCUUGAAAGGGCAAAGGCCCUGAACCCAGCGGAGAGUUGUUUGCACAGCAGCCUUCCUGAAGCCCUCGGUAGGAUACUCGCCCCGAAGAGGUUACUGUUGUGGAAAGAGAUGCUCAUCCAUUACGGUUACCCAGAUGUAGAAGUAUAUGACGAAGUCGUGACUGGUAUCCACCUGGCCGGGACCGCGCCUACGGUUCCAUCCUUUGACCCUUGCUUCAAGCCCGCGAAAGUCUCAACAAAAGAGCUAGCUGAUUCUGCCAGAGCAUCCCGUGGAGCAAUGCUGUCAUCAAUCCGCUCUUAG